AUGGCUAAGGCUUCUCAUUUUUGGAGAUUGCGAAAGUUAGUUGUGUAUCUUAAAAUCCAAAUGCUGGUGGUGUUUGAAAUGCAUAUUCACAUGUCAUUGGCUGAGGAGUUUCGGGUUAGAUUAAAUUUUGAUUUUGUUAUUUCUCACUCUAAUGGUUUGUUGUGGGUAUUCUAUAAUAAUCCAGUUGUGUGUUCAAUUGUGGGAGAGGGUGCUCAGUUUUUAUCUUUGUUUAUUCAACAUCCAUAUUUGGUAAGUCCGGUAUCCUUUACGACGGUACAUGCUGCUACCACUGUUGAGGAAAGAAAGGCUCUUUGGGCUGGUUUACUGCAAUACAAACUGUCGCAUGACCCUUGGCUGGUUUGUGGUGAUUUUAAUGUUGUCGUUGGGGAAGAGGAAAAGAAAGGGGGGAAACCAUUUACAGUUGUUGAAGCAGCUGAUUUUGUGGCUUUCAUGGGUUCCGCUGGUUUGGUUGAUGGAGGAUUCUCAGGUUCUAGCUUUACCUGGUGCAACAAUCACCAAGGAAGACCUAGAAUUUGGAAAUGCUUGGACCGUUUGUUGCUGAAUGUGGAGUGUUUUGAUGCUAGUUUGUCCUUCGGUGUUACUCAUUUGGGGCGACAUCCUUCCGAUCAUGCGCCAUUGUUAAUUUCUACUGCUACAAGGGUGGAUGGUAAACCCCGACCAUUUCACUUCAUCAACGCUUGGACUGAUCAUGAGGACUUUUUGGGAGUGGUGAAAGAGUCGUGGCAGCAAGAGUGCGUUAGGUCCCCAAUGCAGGUUCUUUGCUCUAAGUUACAGCGGCUGAAAAGACAUCUUCAACUGUGGAACAAGGAUCGCGUGGGAAAAUUUUCUGACAAUGUAAAAAAGGUGGAAGAAGAGCUUGGAAAGUUAGAAAGAUGUUUAGAGGAAGGGGGUUUUGAGGAUGCGCAUUUGGAGUUGCAACAGGUCCAAGUAGCUUUGAGACGGGCAUUAGCCAUGGAGGAGUCAUUGUGGAAGCAAAGAUCUAGGAUCAAAUGGCUGGCUUUAGGAGAUUGCAACACUAAGUUCUUUCACUCGGUGGUAAAGCAACGGCGUAUGCAAUCGGUAAUUCACCGUAUUAAGAAUUGUAAUGGUGAAUGGGUAAAUGAGGACGCGCUCAUUGGUGCAGAGGCGGUACGGUAUUUUUCUUCCUUAUUCUCAUUGGAGGAUACUCCUGCUAUGAUGGAUGUGCCUGAUGUCAUCCCUCGACUGGUAUCAUUAGAGGACGAUGUGCAGUUGGAGGCGGUUCCUCCCUUGGAGGAGGUGCGGCAGACUGUUUUUGAAAUGGAUGUUAAUAGUGCAGCAGGGCCUGACAGUUUCACUGGUAAACUUUUCUCCUUUGCCUGGGAGAUAGUUGGUGGUGAUGUAUAUAAUGAUGUACAAAGUUUCUUUUGUGGUGCUGAGCUUCUAAGGCGAAUUAUUGCUACCUCCAUAGUUUUGUUGUCCAAAGUUCAUCAGCAAAAGGAUUUCUCUCAGUUUCGCGCUAUCAGUUUAUGCAACUUUGUGAACAAGAUUUUUUCAAAGAUUCUAGCACGACGUUUAGCCCCUAUCUUACCUAAGAUUAUCUCGGUGAAUCAAAGUGGCUUUGUUCAGGGUCGUUCGAUUUCGAACAAUUACCUACUAGCUUAA